CCAUCAUAGAAGAAUGCGAUUGAAGACCUAUAUGAAGAGAAAGGAGAGCGGUCUAUGUACAACGAGGCCCUGCCGGCAGGGACUCAGGGGGAGGGCGACCUCGACGCGAAGAAGUCGACGUCGUCGAAGACCUGUGCUGCUGCUACUUCUGCUGCGGAUGCUCCCGCUGCUGCUUCGAUGGCCUGGCGAAGGGCCACCGCUACCGCCUCGUCGAGCUGGGGAAGCUCCUCGCGAAUCCGCGCACGCUCGUCGUCGAUCCGCGCACGCUCCUCGCGGAUCUGCGCAAGCUCCUCCUCGAUGAGCGCAAUCCGCUGUCUCAGCAGCGCCUCUUCGACGACGCGCUCUCGGCGCUCGAGUGCCUCGGCGUAGAGAUCGUUGAGAUGCUCGAGCUCUUCGACCUCGUGACCUUCCUGCGCGGGCGCCACGGCGACCGCGUCGCCGCCGACGGCUUCAAUGGCUGCGCGAAGGGAGCCGAUCGCCGCGAGGAGAGUCGCACGGGGGUCUUCAGGGAUUGCUCAGCGUCUGCCAUUGCAUGCCCAGCGUCUGUUCUCACCUGCCAUCGUCGUAUGCUGCGCGUAGUCCAUCGUCUAUAUAAGUCACGACGUCGCUUCUGAUUCGUCGCGUCCGUUCGCAGACUGUCUUUGCACCCUUGUCCUCUCCG